UAGUAUUUAAAUAGUAAACGUAAUUAAGUAUGAGGUUGACACGCGUAUUACUAUCUCUUCGUUUUAAGUCCCCCCAUUAUUCUAGUUACGUUAGACAAUAUGUCACAAAACAUCCUGUAAUGUAUAAAACCCCUGUGGAUGAAGACCCCUCUUAUCGCACAUAUCAAGAAAUGGUAUACUUUUACCUCUAUGAAAAGAUAUAUUGGAAGACUGCCGUUAGCAAUUUAGUAGAUUAUAAAAACCAGAAUGAAUUCGAAUUUGAAAACAUUGAUAAUUACUUGGUAAACAAAUCAUUAAAUUCAAGCCUGCAAAAUGAAGCCUCUAAAGAAAUUGUGAUAUCAAACCUACCAAGUUAUAUUGCAACAAUGAAAAACCGCUCCUGCGUCAUGUCGAACCAAACUGAAACCAUAAACUUGUGUGACACUUAUUGCAGUGAAAUAUUUGAUACACAUUUAUCCCCAUCAUUCGUCUCUUCAUUUGAAUUCAUUCACGGAUGGCUUAAUUACUUUCACCCACAGUUCACUCAGAUGCAACAUCUCACCUGCUUUGGGAAACUAUUGCAAAGCCGAUGUCGAGAAGUUUUAUCAAACAGUCAAGGUCAAAAAGACGACGACGACCGGGGGGAUGGAUUUCGUGAUAAAUUAGUUCAUCUUAUAUUCCUAGCCGGAAUAGGGAAAAAGAGCUUUGACAGUCACGAAAUUCUGAAUCAAAUUGCCACUUUCUGUGAUACGAACAAUGCAGCUACAUACCAAGUCUGGACUCCAUUCGACAUGGCUAUUGUUUGUGAGAGCUUUUUCAAAGGAGGAAUGCGAAUUGAGUCGGAGAAAUCAUUAUUAUCCAUAGCGAACACGUUAUGUAAUUUCCUCACACUCACGCUACAAGAAGAUCCAGCUCUAGAACAUUUCAAUCCCUUCGUAAUCAUCUCUUUGUUGAAACCUCUGCGUCAAGUGAAUUUCAUCGACGCCAAACUUUUGAGCCUUCUCAGUGAAUUAAUCCUCCAUCCAUUGUUUGAAGAGAAAGUGAGCGACAUUCGAUUUAUAAUCAACGUUGCAGCAGCUUUUUCUUUCCCUGGUUGCCAAAACAUGCACCCAAAAGCCUCCACAACGAGGCCAGAUCUCAGUAUGGAUAAAGUUCUGAAAAGGAUGGACAAUUUGGUGGUUAACAUUCUGCAACAAGAAAUGCCACAUAAUAAUGUGAAGAAGAGUGAUAGUGGUUUUGGUGGUUCGAGUAGUAGUCGUAGUGUGAAAAAGGACGCCGAGUCAACAACAACAUGUACAAAAACCACGAUAGCAGUGGGGAAAAGCCGAUUAAAAGACGUCGCAAAGUGGUGGUGGAUCAGUUCGUCUCUUGGCUAUCAGAUGCGUUCCGAGAUUUAUCUCAAAGACUUGAGUCGACGAUGGAACAUGGGACAAUUUACCAAAAAAUCUUCAGAUGUUCCGCAUGCUGUUGAUGCUCUUCUCGCUUUAGCCAUUAUGAAUCAAUACCCGGAUUCUCUAGUCGUGAAAAUUCUACACAGUGCAGAUUUCCGGUCGGCUGUAAAAGUAAACUGCUCCAAUCGACAUAAAGGACGGUUUGGCCUGUUCCUAACGUGUCUGAGGAUAGAGGGGAGCUCUACUGUUUGGAACCAGCUUUCCCCAAGAGAUGAACAUCAAUGGUUUGAAGCUGUGAGGACGCCGUUCACGAUGAACGAAUCAAAUUCUUGGAGUUGUUCACACAGGAGAGUCAAGCCGUUGAAAGUCCCCGGAAUAAAAGAUGACUUUAAGCCUCACACCCAGUUGUUGAAUAUGGUAAUGGAUGCUCUGAACCAGAUAUUUUCAGAUUCCUCUACUUUUACAAAUGCUGACAAGUUGAAGAAUGGUCAUGACAGAGGAGAUGGUAAUUCGUUUAAUACGACGUCCAGUGGGCGAAUCAACAGUUCGUCUUCUGCAAAAUUAACUGCCUUGCUGCUGAAAAGCGAAAUUGAUGUUCCUUAUCAAACUCGGCAAGCUCAAGUCUUCGUGGGAUAUGCUGUGCCUUAUCUCUUUAUUCCAGGGAUUAAAAUCGUGUUUCCGUCCAAAAGGAAUAAGGAGAUUUAUGUGGAAGUGUUGGACGACAUAGGUUUGUCACCAAGCUAUCACAGCUUUAAGAUGAGAUUGAUGGAUAAAAUGCACCUUAAGUAUUUCAAGGUUUCACGAAAUGAGAUUCAAGAUUUGGAUGCUUCUGAAAUACAAAAACUGCUCCAGGAACGUUAUUCGCUCCAGAGAAAUUGAGUGCCUAGAUUCACUUAAAAGAAUUACUAUAUAGUCUAUCCAAUUACAUACACAUAAUUAAACAAAUUUUCUUUAAUUAUGGAGACCAAGGUGUAUAAAGUAGUAGCUAGUGACGGAAUGUUUACUUAUCGAUUUGUUGCUUACGAAAUCCAAAUUAAUGAAUCUGUCUAAAAAAGUUGAUUCAAUAAAAAUAGUUCUUCCUCCUCAA